CCCCGGUAUAUUGGAUUCUGUUUAUAGAAGAAAAUUUAUGGAAGAAAAUUGGAAAAAAAACAUAAAAAUAUCCUUUCUUUUUGCUGUUACAAUGCCAAGUUUGAUAACUUAUGAAAGGAAACGUUUAACGGAAGCUCAGUAUCAGGCUUUAGGGUCAUAUAUUACUAGAAAAAAGGAAAGAAAAGAAGCAAUUCAAAAUGGAACAACAGCUGAUGAUAUUGACAAACAAACUUCGCCUAUAGCUCAGGAUGUUAUACCAAAUAGUCCGGUAAAGCCAACUGCUCGAGAAAUUCGCGAACAAAAACAGCAAGAAUUGAAUGAUAUUCAAGCACAGUUAGCAGAACUGGAAUCAAUGUUGAGCAAGUUAAAAGAGAAAAAGCAUGGAUUUUUUGAAAUAGUGAAAUUAAGUUUAGUUGACAGUAAAAAGCACAAGGAAAAAGAGAAACAGAUGCAAGGCUUUCCAUCGCCGUUCAUGCAUCAUCCCAGCAUUAGCCCUGGAGCAGCGAUGAUUAACAUUUCACCAUUUAGACCAGGUAGCCAAUGAUCCAAUAUAUACUAGCGAUGGACUACCCGGCAAGAUGCAUAGUGCUUCGGGUGCCGAGCUGGAUUAAUGAUAACACAGAAUAGAGACAGAAGGCCGACUUCUUGGUUUUUCCUAUGAUUUUGGCAUAACCCGUAAUUCGUCAUCAAAUGCUGACGCCAUGGUCCUAGCCAGUGCACGUUUGAGGGGCAUUCAACCCCCCUGAUAAUAUUCAAAAUGGUAGACGUCCAGGGGGGGAAUCCGGGAAUGCCUCUCAAACGCGCACUGGCUAGGACCAUGGCGUCAGCAUUUUGAUGAUGAAUCAUGGCGUGGCAGCGGUUACUCGAGUCAACCUUCUGUGUGCCUUAUUCUGUGGUGAUAACCCUCAGUUAAAAUUUAACCUGCUGUUAUAACUUGUUAAGCCAUUAAGCGCCGGCGCUCUCCCCUUGAUGAGUAAAAUCGUCUGGCGUUAGACAGAGUAAAAUAAUAAAGUAGGGCAUAUCAGGGCUCAAUGCGACUCAAUGGGUUAAACAGCAACUAACAAACUUUAUGAUAUUUCUUAAAUAUCUCAAAGUUUGUCAGCUGUUGUUUACUUUAAUUAUCCAGAUUAUUUAUCAAGUUUCUAUUUGCCAUAUAUAUCAGGUAUGAAACGACCAAGGAGUCCCUCCCCUCCGUUAGUUCAGCUGUAUUCCCCUCUUCCCAUGCCAGCAAACAUCCCACCAUUUCCACCAAUGGGCAUAAACAGGAUGCCUGGUCCACCAGAAAACAUGAAUCCAGGAUACCAAUUUCAACAGGUAUUUCAUGCUAUUUGACAACAUUAUACAGUUAAUAAAUAUGAAUAUUAGAUUAAUGGUGAUGACUUUAAAGUGUUGGCUUUGGAGGAAAUUACUUUCUCGCACAAGUUAAUCUAGUUCCCUCGAUUUUCUUCAGAAUUAUCCACAGCGAGAUGUACACCAGCAGAUUCAAGGACCUCGGGUAAACCCCCCUCCCAACUCCCCACUGCCACCCGGCAAUCAAUUUCCACUUCCCGACAGGACCUUUCCACUAUUUGGAACUUCUCAAAUGUCGGGACAUCAAAAUCUCCCCAGACCUCCCCCUCCAGCAAAUCAACCUCCCUUCAUACAGCAAAAGAAAAGAGAUGGUUAUGGACCUAAUAGGUCAAGGUAUCAUUAAAUAACACCUAUUAUAAUUUCAGUUUUUAAAAUUCAUACUGAAAUUCUCAGCCGGGAUUGAUUUUGAACUGGGUUUGUCCUCGGAAAUUAUGCCCCCGCCCGCUCCCCAUAAUUCCAUGUUAGAAGGGGAAUAACUACAAGAACUACUGUACAUAUAAUAAUUUUUAUUCUACAAAAAUGUUAAAUAAUUAUCUAAAACUUAAGAAUAGUUGUAGAAACUAAGUAAGUAUACUAAAAAUUGCUAAAUAAACGUUUCUACACAUGGAUUACAAAGACAUAAAUGUUAAAAUUACAAAACUGACUAAAUUAUUUUGUGCAAACCUAGAAUCCUAAAGUCUAAACUCCAAAAUUCACUACAUCAUAGAAACAGAAAAUGUUAGAUAAUUAUGUACAUAGCCAUACAUGGAAAGCACAGAAUUAAAACUCAGUUUGUUCAAAUCCAGCAUCAUAAGUUUCAUAAGAAAUAUUUCCAUCAUAAGUUUCAUAAGAAAUAGUUGAGACAUUUGGUUUGAAUUAUAGGUUAACCGGCCAGGGUUGAGCUAAUCGUCUUUCGAAUAACUGGCCCCAGAAUAUAACUAUAUUGUCAAAAAUCCGUCUGCAUAUCUAUAGUACAUGAAAACAAGAAAAAUUGAAGACUACAUAAAAACUACUGCCCUGCUAAAAACAUGCAUGCAUAUAGUACAAAAGUGAUGACAAUCUUAAAACUCAAUUUGUUCAAAUCCAGAAUCGUAGCCACAUGCUGCAUUUAAACAUUUUUCACUUGGUAUAAAAUGUUUGAAUUUUCUCUCAGAGUUGGGACUAUUGAUGGCUGAUUGUUCAGAGCUGAUGUCGCCAUCAUAUAGUCAUUUCUCCUCGUCGCUUGUAGUUGAAGAGUCUGAAGAAGGAGGUUUCUCUUUUUCGGCUUUCUUUUUACUCUUCUCCGAUUUCUCUUUGGAUUUGCCCGAGGGAUUUUUAGCCGAGGGUGGGUCAACAUUACCACCGCACUUCGCUCCGUCACAUUUCCCCGAGUUUCCAAGUCUUUUCAACUGUUCUCGUAGGAGAUUGAUUUUCGCCCGUCGACUUUUGUUUUUCAAAAUGAGCUCGUCGUUUUCGGCCGCUUUCUCAUCGAUCUUACUCUCGUGGCGGUAGAUUUCAUUCAGCAAAUCAUCACAAAGGUCGUCUCUGCGUUCCAAAUCUUUUCCAAGGGAACGGAUUUCGAUUUUGAGCAUGAUGUUAGCACACUUUAAGUUGUGUUCGGGGCUCAGGAGGAGUUCUUUGGAUCGGAUGUAGGAUGCAAUGUAGUAGGUCCCGACAAACAGCGCGAUCUGACGGACUAUUUUCUCAGGUUUUACCGUGGUUCGGCCAGCCAGGGUUCCGGCAUACCGAUGGGUUAGCUGACGAUGGAAAUGGUCUUCGAAUAAUUCUCUUGGAUCAUCUUCCGUCACCAAUUCGUCUAAAAAUAUAAAAAAAUUCUCUUUUACUGAAUAACAACAUCCCCUAAAGUUUUAAACUCUGCAGUUAAAUAUAGCGGG